AUGUCUCACGGUGUUUACCUUGGAGAUACUCCAGUGAGAAGACCUGGUAUUUCUACUAACCCAUUGAUGCGUAAAAUUCAAAGGGCAUGUAGAAUGACCCUUCCUGAACCAGAUAUCGCUUUAAAUCUGGAUGUUGCUGAUUAUAUCAAUGAAAAACAGGGUGCUACGGCUCAUGAUGCCACAACUACAAUUGUGAAAUUGAUUAAUAGUCGAGACACCCAUACUGCUGUAUUUGCAUUGUCUUUACUAGAUGUUCUAGUGAAAAAUUGUGGAUAUCCAAUACAUUUACAAAUAUCUAGGAAGGAUUUCUUGAAUGAAUUGGUUAAGCGAUUCCCAGAACAUCCUCCUAUGCGUUACUCAAAAGUUCAAAGAUUAAUCCUGACUGCCAUUGAAGAAUGGUAUCAAACUGUUUCAAAGCAUUCCCCAUAUAAGGAUGAUAUGACGUAUAUCAGAGAUAUGAGAAGGUUGCUAAAAUACAAAGGGUAUGUACUACCAAAGAUCCAGGCCGAGGAUCUGGCUGUUAUGAGACCUACUGACCAACUAAAAUCCGUCAGUGAAAUCCAAAAGGAACAAGAAAUUGCUCAAGCUGCGAAAUUAGAAGAAUUAAUUAGAAGUGGUAAACCAGAUGAUUUGAGAGAAGCAAACAAACUGAUGAAGGUAAUGGCUGGCUUCAAAGAAGAUAAUAUGGUCAAUGCUAAACAAUCUAUCAACACUGAAUUGAAUAAAUUGAAACGUAAAGCUGAUUUAUUGAACGAAAUGUUAAACACUUCAACCGAGGCAGAUUUACAAAAUAAUGAAACGGUGGAAGAAUUAUACAGUGCCUUGAAAACUUCGCAGCCAAAGUUCCAAAAGAUUAUUGAAGAAGAACAUGAAGAUGAUGAUUUAGUUCAAAGUCUUUUGAAAUUUAAUGAUGCCAUCAACCAAUUGAUCGAAAAAUAUGCUUUACUAAAGAUCGGUAACAGAGAAGCUGCAGAAAGAAUUAACCCAGCAAACCUAAAUGAUGUUACUAAUAAUAUAUCUCAGACAGGGGGAGCCUUAGCAAAUGAAAUUAAUUUAAUCGAUUUUGAUGAUGAUACUGGUGCAGCAUCUCCUGCUCCAGCAUCUAGCUCUGCUGGUUCUAGUAACAACAAUAGUAAUUCUGAUCCGCUAAUCGAUUUAUUAGGCGAUUUAAACAUAUCAUCAACUCCAAUCACUUCCACAAAUACUACAAAUAACAACCAAUUCUUAUCCUCAGAAGUCGAUGGUGGAAUAUCAUUAGACUCUACAGUUCCUCCAUCCUCUAGCAAUACUGUUCCAAUAUCUGCUUCUUCGGGUGAUCCAUUUGAUCUACUGAGCGAUUUUUCAUCUCCUAAUGUAUCUACGCCAACAGCCAACCUAUCAGCUCCAACCGCGACUACAACAUCUCCAAUCAUAACUACCCCAUCUGCUACAGCCAACAGCUCUGUUAGGGCCAAUGUGAGUAAAUCAGCCAAAAUUCAAAUUGAUGUACUUGUUUCGAGAGAGGACAAUUCUACAAUAAAGAUUAAAACUCUUUUCAGUAAUUCCUCUCCGGACUUGGUGAAAGACUUUGUAUAUUCGAUGGCUGUCCCUAAAUCAUUUAAUUUGAAAUUACAACCUCAGUCAUCGAGUACCCUUGCAGCAUUUACUAAUGAAGGUGUACACCAAAAUGCAUUAGUUGAAAAUGCCGUCAGAGAAAACCUUGAAAAGAAACCAUUAAAAAUUAAAUGGAAGGCUACAUACAAUAUCAACUCAAACCCCGUCGAAGAAACUGCUAUUUUCCAAUUACCAGUUGUGUAA